UCGGAGAAAAUGAUACGCGGUUCCUCCUCAUUGGUUAUUCUGUCAUUUAUAUUCACCGGCAGUCGGUGACGUGCCUCUCCUCACCUGAAGAACUCCCAACAGAUCGGAAAAUGGCCUUCCCCUUUCACCACCACCACCGCCGUGACGACGAUGAAGACGGCGAACCUCCUUAUCCUCCACCGGGACACAGGCCGCCACACUCCGAUCCACCGCCUCCACUGGUUCCCCACAUCCACCACCACACUCACUACGGCCAGACUCCUCCGCCGCCUCCACCGUCUUACGUUGACUACCAGUCCAAUUUCUCUCCGGAACCGCCCGUUCCCAACUACGGAUACUCCUCUGGACCCCCGCCUCCGGUCGUGCACCACCACUCUCACAAUCCACACUCUCCCACUGUUAUUCACCAACACUCUCAUCAGUCCGAUUCUCCCUUCUCCAACAGACCAACAGUCAAGGUCUACGCCAAAGCAAACCCUAAUUUCUCUCUUGCAAUCCGCGACGGCAAAGUCGUACUCGUUCCUUCCGAUCCAGACGAUCCCGCUCAACACUGGUUCAAAGAUGAGAAAUACAGUACAAGGAUUAAGGAUGAGGAAGGAUGUCCCUGCUUUGCUCUGGUUAAUAAGGCCACCGGUCAGGCGAUGAAACAUUCCAUCGGAGCUUCUCAUCCGGUUCAGUUGACACGUUACGAACCAAAUGUUGUGGACGAGUCUGUACUGUGGACACAGAGCAAGGAAUUUGGGGAAGGAUACAGAGCCAUAAGAAUGGUGAAUAACGUUCACUUGAAUGUUGAUGCCUUUCAUGGAGACAGAUAUUCUGGUGGAAUUCAUGACGGCACCCAUAUUGUUCUGUGGAAAUGGAAGGAAGGAGAAAACCAACUAUGGAAGAUCGUACCCUACUGAGGAUGUGAUGAAAUGAAGGGGAUGCUAUUGUAUGCAAUGGAGUGUUGUAAUAAUGUGAUGUUGAGAAUAAAUUAAAGGUAUUCUCUUGGAUUUGAGAAGAAACCAUGUUUGUUGUUCAUGACAAAUUGGAAGUGUGGAGGCAUCAAUCAAAAAUAUACUUUUUGCUUUUGCUUUUGCUUUAGAUUUAGCUUUAGCAAUUAGCAUUAUUGGAUUUGGAUGGCUUUUACUUUUCACUCACAAUAUCCUCAACUAUGUUUAUUCCACAUUCUCUUCAUUUCAACCAAACUUACUGUGAAAUUAUGUAUCUUCUUCUGUUCCAUUUGAUGAUAAUGAUAGUAAUUAUAUUAUGUCCA